UAGUUGCAUUACUGAGAAAAAGAUAUUAAUUUUCAACCAUGACAUGGUUUACAUUUUAAAACAAAACAUGGGCAAUGUUUAUGAGGCUGUAGCCUCUAUAUGUAACGAUGUUGAGACCCAUCACUCCAUCAAGAAUAGUAACGGUGGAGGUUAGGCUUAUUGAUGGUGGCCUAGCAGGACUCAUCAAACGUCUAUACAAAAAAAUACGAAUUUUAAGCUGUUUUAAGUGAUUUCCUCGCGUCGCCGUACCGGUCGGGAAUUGAAAGGUAAUUAUGCCAAAAUCAAGACGUUUGUUCGCGUUUCUGCAUGACUCCAUGGCAACCUCGGGUCUCUUGCGCAAACGUUUAGAACUUGCCAUCAGCAAUUACCUCCUGAUCCAAAGCAAUGAUUAGCCGUUUUGAUGCAAAGUAGUUGAAAUUAAAAAAAUCUAUACACAGCUAUGCAACAAUACAAUUAGAAACAAAUGUAACUACAUCUAAAAUCUGGUUUGAAAUAUUUAAUAAGGCUCACAAUGUGGCUAUGUCAGUGCACUCUAGUUAACGCGUGUAUGUAGAUAAUGGCCAUGUUAGUUAUUAAAAGUUAUUGCUAAGGGUUUGGAGGGGAUGUAAAGAACAAAGGCUACAGAACUAGGGGCAAAGCUGUUUAUGAGGCAGUAGCCAUCACCUCCUGAUCCGUGUGGAUGUCAACAUUUUAUGACACAGCCUUGCUUUUUGUCAACCGCCAAGUCCUAAAGGCCAAUCAUAAUUGUAUUUAUUCCUAAAAAAAAAAAAUUCUCUCAGCUUUCAUUUUCCUCCCUUUAAUGAUUCGCUUUGAUUUAUGGAAAGACUUGUGUGUAGGGGAUCAUACACUGCUGCAAUUAUCUCAACCUAAUUAGAGAAAAAAGUUUUACAACUUCUUUGAUAACGAUGUAGCCUAUUUUUGAUUUAAUGUGGAUCAUAUGCAUUCAUCACUGGGGAUAGAUGCAUGGUUGUAUGACGAUGCAAUUUUUUUAUCUGCGGUAAAAGCUACCAGGUGGAUAACGGCAUGUUUUAACAUGGUAUCAUGUUGACUCCUUAAUAUAAGGGAUUUCAGCUGUUCACAGACUACUGCCUACUUUUCCCAACACUUCGUAAAAAAGAAUUAGGGGGAAAGGUGUAAUUCGUGUGUUCCCAGCCCCUCCUGCGGAACCCUACCCUUCAGGUGAAAAAAAUCUUUUAAGAUUUUUGUGUGUCUUUUAAACAUCAGAAGGGUUUGUCUGGCCGAGCCAAUCACGUCCCUCCCUGCCAUAGAUCGCUGCUAUAAUACAUAGGAGUAAACGCCAGACUCCUCGCACUAGCGGCUGUGGCUUCAACUACCUUAAGGUUCCGAGGCCAAUUUUCUACCUUUUUCCCGUAUACGCUGUAACCACCCACCUCCGAUGUGCUCCGUUAUCAAUUCGCAGUCUCUCUCAUUUCCGCACCUGCCACGGUAGGGAUCGGUCGGGGGCCCACGCUUAAGCUGAACAAGAGGUGGAGGCAAGGACAUUGCUUGGAAGCGGCGAAGCGAGAACGCAGGACGACAGAUCCGUUUAGGGUCCGGCGCAAGAUUUCAAAAACGAAGCUAGGACUCGUUUGAGAUUCAUUGGAAGAAAUGCUGCUGUUAACGAGAGUCAUGCUGGUCGGUUUGCUCUGCUUGUCCUUGGUGUCGUCCGGGCUGGGUUGUGGUCCGGGAAGGGGCUACGGCAGGAGAAAACAUCCGAAGAAGCUGACGCCUCUUGCCUACAAGCAGUUCAUUCCCAACGUCGCGGAGAAGACCCUAGGGGCCAGCGGCAGAUACGAGGGCAAGAUCACACGGAACUCUGAGCGAUUUAAAGAACUGACUCCCAAUUACAAUCCCGACAUUAUCUUUAAGGAUGAGGAGAACACUGGCGCGGACAGGCUUAUGACACAGAGAUGCAAGGACAAGCUCAACUCGUUGGCUAUCUCGGUGAUGAACCAGUGGCCUGGCGUCAAGCUGCGAGUCACCGAAGGAUGGGACGAGGACGGCCACCACUUCGAAGAAUCUCUGCAUUACGAGGGCCGCGCCGUGGACAUAACAACCUCAGAUCGGGACAAGAGCAAAUAUGGCACGCUUUCUCGGUUAGCCGUGGAGGCUGGCUUCGAUUGGGUCUACUACGAGUCCAAGGCCCACAUUCACUGCUCAGUGAAAGCAGAAAACUCAGUGGCGGCAAAAUCCGGAGGAUGUUUCCCGGGCUCUGCUUCUGUAACCCUGAGAAACGGGGUUAGAAAAGAGGUGAAAGAUCUGAGACCGGGUGACCAAGUGUUGUCAGCAGACAGCGCGGGAAAUCUCGUCUACAGCGAUUUCAUCAUGUUCGUGGAUCAAGACUCGACGACACGUCGUGUGUUUUAUGUGAUCGAGACAACAGCGCCCGUGCGCAAGAUCACCCUCACUGCGGCCCAUCUCCUGUUUCUGGUCAACAACUCCACGGAUGACCUCAGCGCCAUGACGGCCACGUUCGCCAGCAAGGUCAAGCCCGGACAAAGGGUCAUCAUUGUCGAUGAUAAACACGCUCAAUUAAAGCCUGUCACUGUGGCACGGAUUUACACGAAAGAGCACGAGGGUUCCUUCGCCCCGGUGACAGCGCAAGGAACGAUUGUAGUCAACCAGGUACUGGCCUCCUGUUACGCAGUCAUCGAGAAUCACAACCUGGCGCACUGGGCCUUCAUGCCACUUAGGUUGGGCCAUCAUCUCUCCACGGCGUUACUCCCCAAAGACCAUACCAACUCAAACGCCACCUGGCAAGAGGACGGAAUUCACUGGUACUCGAAGCUUCUAUAUCAAAUGGGAACGUGGCUCUUGGACAGUCACGCUCUCCAUCCUUUGGGGAUGUCAUUAAACUCGAGUUGAAAACCUCAAACGGAUAUAACAAAGAAAAAAUAAGACCAAUGUAGGAGGAAAAAAAGACUAUGUAGAAUUUAAAACAGAGAGACAGAGUCAAAGGCCCCAUACGGAGUUGGGAUAUUUAUUUCAUUGACUUUUACAUGUGUCAUUUUCAAAGAAUAAAUGGAGCCUUAAAAGUUUUCUUUGAAUAAUUUAUUCUCGUGAACUCUCGCUGGUGUCACACAAAUGGAUUCUUAUGCGGUGUGACCAGCCAAUUGUGCAGAAUCUAUUUUUGUAUAUCUCAAGUAAGACGCAGAGAAAAAGAACAUGUAAAAAAGAAAGAAAGAGACUAAACGUCUUGACAGGUUGUAAUGUUCUGUGCAUAUGUGCAACUGACUGUUAUAUUUUGGGGGACAACGCAAACUUCGUUGGGGUCCAUAAAUUAUAUUUUUAUACACAGAAUUGUAAAUUAGAUUUUGACAGAUCGUUACCGAAUCACGUUUCGUUAUUUGAAAUAGUGUAAGAUACGAGAAUAUAUUUUAAUUUAAAUAGUUGCAAAAGUCUUGGCAAUCUUGUGCUGUUUUUUUUUGUGUUCAAUAAGACUUCUGUUAUUUUGUAAGAUUUUGGUUCAGUUGUUAGAGUUGGGCAGAUCUUUCGUCUCGUGUCUGCUGUACUCUCUUUCCCUCGGUCAUAGUGUCUUCUAUUUCAGAAAUGCACAUUCUGACAUCUCAGUAACCAUAUAGCCUCGUAGUACAAAGCAAAAUGUUUCGUUGAAUAAAUUAAUAAGUAACUCAUGUAAAUUUACUAAAAUGUAUUUUUUUCUUUUCAUAUUUUGUAAUAGGGAAAUAGUUUUAUAGAAAUAAAAUGCGACAAGAUGCACAGUUUGGAUAGCUUAUGAUAGCGUGACCGUAUCAGUUUACUUUCAUGAGAGGGCAAUGUGUCAAGCAAUGUCUAGAGUUUAUUAUUUAUAUGUUUACUAUAAAAAGAGAUAAAGAAAAUGUU